GUGUGUGUGUGUGUGUGUGUGUGUGUGUGGUGUAAAAUGUGCUUUUCAAAGUGUUGAGAGGUGGAUGGGAAUGUUUGAUCAGCUCCUCUGAGAAGAGAAAGGUGCUUGGACUGCUUGCUUCUUCUUUGGAAUAAUUUGGAAGGGAUUUGUGAUGCAGAAAAACUUAAGGGAAAAAGGAUAUCCUUUCUGUGUGGUGGAAAAUUUUUGAAAAAAAAAAAUUGCCUCAUUCCAACAAGAGUGCCAUUGUGACAUUCAUGGGGAUUGUUGUUCUCACUAUGAAGGCAGCUGUUAUUGAACUGUUCCUUGUUUUGCUGGUGACUGGAAUACACUCCAAUAAAGAAAUGACAAAGAAAAUUAAGAGGCCCAAAUUCACUGCGCCUCAGAUCAACUGUGAUGUGAAGGCUGGAAAGAUCAUCGAUCCUGAGUUCAUUGUGAAAUGCCCUGCAGGAUGCCAGGACUCCAAAUACCAUGUGUACGGUACGGACGUGUAUGCGUCCUACUCCAGCGUGUGUGGUGCUGCAGUACACAGUGGUGUGAUCAGUAAUUCCGGAGGUAAAAUACUGGUUCGGAAAGUUGCUGGACAGUCUGGCUAUAAAGGGAGUUACUCCAAUGGUGUCCAGUCACUAUCGCUCCCACGAUGGAGAGAAUCUUUCAUCGUCUCAGAAAGUAAACCCAAGAAAGGUAUAAGCUAUCCAUCAGCCCUUACGUACUCAUCGUCGAGAAGCCCAGCCACCAAAGCAGGUGAGACCACAAAAGUCUAUCAGAAGCCGUCUGUUCCAGGGACAACAGCUCAGCCAGCCACCCCGAUGCAGGCUCUGCCUACCACCACACCCAAGGCCACCCACACUGCCUUACCAAAGCCAUCCCUGUCUGCAACCUCUGCCACCAACAGCCCCAGACCACAGCCCGUGGGCCACAGGAACCAAGAGAUGGCACUCUGGUCUACCACCACCUCCACAAGCAGCCAGAACAGUCCCAGUGCCAAUCCAGGAGAAAUGGACUUGUGGAAACCUGGAUCGGUCCUCUUAGACGCAGGAUUUGUUCCAAACGAAGAAUUAAGCACACAGUCUUUGGAGCCAGUAUCCCAGGGAGACCCAAACUGCAAAGUCGAUCUGUCAUUUUUAAUUGAUGGAGGUUCUGGCAUUGGAAAACGUCGAUUCCGAAUCCAGAAACAGUUCCUGGAGGAGGUUGCCCAAGCUCUUGACAUUGGCCCUGCUGGUCCACUGAUGGGUGUUGUUCAGUACGGAGACAACCCUGCUACCCAGUUUAACCUCAAGACUCACAUGAAUUCCCAAGAUCUGAAGACAGCCAUAAAGAAAAUUACCCAAAGAGGAGGGCUUUCUAAUGUAGGUCGUGCCAUCUCCUUUGUGACCAAGAACUUCUUUUCCAAAGCCAAUGGAAACAGAGGCGGUGCUCCCAAUGUGGCUGUGGUGAUGGUGGACGGCUGGCCCACAGAUAAAGUGGAGGAGGCUUCACGACUCGCGAGGGAGUCGGGAAUCAACAUUUUCUUCAUCACCAUUGAAGGUGCUGUUGAAAACGAGAAGCAAUACGUGAUGGAGCCCAACUUCGCAAACAAGGCUGUGUGCAGAACAAAUGGCUUCUAUUCACUCAAUGUGCAGAGCUGGUUCGGCCUCCACAAGACAGUGCAGCCCCUGGUGAAGCGGGUCUGUGACACUGACCGCCUGGCUUGCAGCAAGACCUGCUUAAACUCGGCUGACAUUGGCUUCGUCAUUGACGGCUCCAGCAGUGUGGGGACAGGCAACUUCCGCACAGUUCUGCAGUUUGUGGCCAACCUCAGCAAAGAGUUUGAGAUUUCAGACACAGACACACGCAUUGGGGCUGUGCAGUACACCUACGAGCAGCGGCUGGAGUUCGGGUUUGACAAGUACAGCACCAAGCCAGACAUCCUCAAUGCCAUCAAGAGGGUGGGGUACUGGAGUGGUGGCACCAGCACAGGGGCUGCCAUCAACUACGCCCUGGAGCAGCUCUUCCAGAAGUCCAAGCCCAACAAAAGGAAAUUAAUGAUUCUCAUCACGGAUGGGAGGUCCUACGAUGAUGUCCGCAUACCAGCCAUGGCUGCCCACCAGAAGGGGGUGAUCACCUAUGCAAUUGGCAUUGUAUGGGCUGCACAGGACGAGCUGGAAGUCAUUGCUACUCACCCUGCCAGGGACCACUCCUUCUUCGUGGACGAGUUUGACAACCUCUACAAAACUGUCCCCAGGAUCAUCCAGAACAUUUGCACAGAGUUCAACUCACAGCCUCGGAACUGAAUUUAGAGCAGGCAAGAGGCACCAGCAAAUGCUACUUUCCUGGCGGACUCCUUGGACAACCCUCAAUGCUUUAUGGGGCACGCAGAGGGCAGUAUGGCUUGGGUAGGGCUGGGGAAAACAGAUGCAUUGUUACUCUUCUUUGCUAUUGGGGUUUCCACGCUUCAAACUUGGAGUUGGAAAGGUGAUCAUCAAUUUGUAGAAUUAUCAAAAAUGAUACACUAUUUGAAGGAUGCAGGGGAUUUUACAGUUUGACAAUUGUUUUCAGAAUAAAUGUUCAGAAUAGACUGCAGCAUUUAUGAUGGACUCAAGUAGAGCUUGUGUGAGCUGAUUUUUUUUAUUUCUAUUUCUCAUUAGAACUCUGUAAGCUUCAAUACGUUUCAUUUCUGUCAUGAGAAUGGAGGGAUGGCUUCAUUAAAUGUCUGAAAGGAUUACACACGAUCUUUCUGACUGUGUUCUCUGUAGUCUUCACAGGGUCAGUGGUGGGGCCUCCAUCUGCUCUUCCCAUUUCCAGAGCGCAAACUGUGUGCUCACUUCUAGCCCAAAGGGAUGACACUCCUGCCAAGGUGCAGGGACAGUACGGCAUAACUUCUCCCAGUUCACCUCCUCCUUGCUAUCACCCUAAUCACCCAACACUUGUGAUAUACCGCUUAGGAGUAAUUGGUCCUGGAGAAUGAAGCCAAUCUUGCCUUUAAGUGUGCACAGUAGGAUCACUUGGGAGACAAGAAUGCUGGUUCC